AUGACCUUGGAAAUUGUGUAUUUUCCAGCUGCAGGAAGAGCAGAAUUGUUAAAGCUAAUCGCCGAGUAUGGUGGACUUGAAUACAAGUACACAGGUGUCCCUCGUCAAGAUGAAUGGCCAAAACUCAAGCCAAACACUCGUUAUGGCCAAUUACCAUACCUCAAGGUCAAUGACGAUGUCGAUAUUUAUCAAACCAUUGCUAUUGCAAGAUAUUUAGCUCAAGAAACCAAGUUGUAUCCUGAGGAUCGUUUGAAGGCUACUCUUUCUGAAGAGUAUAUUUUGGCUAUCAGUGAUGUUUUGGGAAAGUUCUUUGCUCUGUCUGCCAUCACCGAUGAAGAAGCCAAAAAGGAAGAAGUUAAGAAGAUUGUCGAAGGACCACUUAGAGUCACUUUUGGUUCACUGAAUCAAACUUUGGAGAAGAAUGGUGGAUACUUGGUGGGUGAAAUUUCUUGGGCUGAUUUUUACUUGUAUGAAGCUCUUCAAUUUUUGGAGUCCAGAGUGAAUGUGACUCAAGAAAUUCCUCAAUGGCCUAUUCUCAAGAAGAAUAUUGAAGGAAUUGAAAAGAUCAAGUCCUUCUUGGAAAGUGACAGAAAUUUAAAGCGUAUUAAACAGUAA